AUGGUGAAUUUGUUUCCGAAAACGAUCGAAUCCGACGAGGAGAUGGAGGCUGACGAGAGCGGCGACGAGCACGCUGAAGAGGAGGCGGUGACGGUGCGCAAGAAGAAGAAGAACGCGAUCGCCGCCGACGAAUUCUCGCAGGACUUUGUCUUCGACGGCGCCGGCACUGUAUUCGCCGAUCGAGAGACCGAGGAUCUGCAAAAGUAUCUGAAGAAGCAGACGCCGACGUCGCUCGACGAGAAGAUUGCCGAGAUGCGGAAACUGAAGAACACCGGCAAGGCGGUGAUUGUGGAUGACGAGGACGAGAAGGGCGACGGCGAAGAGGACGACGUGCAGCAGUUGGGAGGAAAAGAGACGCGCGAUACGGUGCGAGAGAAGAAGAAGACGGGAAGAAGCCGGAAAGCGAACGACUCCGACGAGUUCUUCUCCGCGCUCAUUGACGGAAAGAGUCUGGAUGCUAAUGUGAACGUCACCUUCGAGCAAAUGAAUUUGAGCAGACAGAUUCUGAAGGCGUGUGCCGGAGCCGGUUAUACCGAUCCUACGCCCAUUCAGCAGGCCUGUAUUCCAGUGGCGCUCACCGGAAAGGUAGGAGAUUACAGAUUUUUAAUAUUAAUUUCAGCUAUCCCAUUUUCAGGACAUUUGCGCGUGCGCAGCCACCGGAACCGGAAAAACGGCGGCGUUCGUGCUUCCGAUCCUCGAACGCAUGUUGUACCGCCCGAAAGGAGCCAGCUGCACACGAGUGCUCGUGCUCGUUCCGACCCGCGAACUGGCGAUUCAGGUGUUCCAAGUCUUCCGAAAACUGUCGAAUUUCAUCCAAUUGGAAGUGUGUCUUUGUGCAGGUCAGUCGUCAAAUCGUUUAUUUGAGAAAACAGGAAAAGUGA